AUGUUUACAAAUGUCGAUUUUUUCGAAUCAAAUUCCGUUUCAAACUGCGUCAUUGAAGGUAAUAUUACAUUUAGGAAUGUUUCAAGUAUCGGAUCAAGUGCAUUUUCAGCAUCAAAAUUUAGAGGUCCUGUAGAUUUUGGUAAUGUUGUCAAUAUUUCAAAUAGAGCUUUUGAAAACUGCAAUUAUUUGGAAACAAUUAUCAAUAUUGGAAAUAUCAAGAGAAUUGGAAGUUAUGCAUUUUAUGGUUGCUAUAAUUUGACCGGCAAUUUGAAUUUUAUUAAUAUAUUGUCCAUUGGAAGUUAUGCUUUCCAAGGAUGCUCUAAAGUAUAUAUCAAUACAACAUUUCCAUUCAUAACAAACAUUGAAUCAUAUGCUUUAUACGAUUGCAAAAAUUCUGGCAAUUUGAUCCUUUAUCAACCAGACAUAAUAUUUGGAUCCUCAGUUUUUAAAAGCCUUAUUAAUAUUACUCUAUUUAUGGAAACAGAUAUAUCUUCAAUGCUUGUUUCGAAUAAUAUCCAAAAUAUUAAUGUAUAUUAUAAUGGCAGCAGUGUUUCAACUAGUAGAAGAGGUUCAUUUUAUCAACAAGUCAAAGCUGUAUAUGUAUUAUGCGGCUUUAAAUAUAAUACAUUCUAUAGGAGAAACGUAAUUAACCCAUGUAAAACAAAUGAUUCAAUUGAAAGCAUUGCAAAGCAAGAAAAACCAUAUAAUCAAGAGAUUCAAGAUAAUCAACAAUUUAACUUUAAUAAUCACCUUUCAAGAGGAAAAUAUGCUCUAAUGUUCCUAGCUUCUUGA